CAUGCAUUUGCAUCACGGUUUUGAUGCUCCCGAACACGGCCACAGCUUUUACGAGAAACAGAAAGUUGACCGAACUAAGGUUGUUGUUACGGUAUGAUAGAAACGACCGUGUUAUACAGCGCUCACCUCCAUCAUUCUGAACUCUUUUGAAUGAACACCAAGAACCGGGAGUCGUUUUGAACCCACGUUCUAGCUGUAUGCUGCUUGCACGGUUUCUAAGAAGACUUCCCAUCUUUCUCUCUCUCUAUUUCCCUCUUUCUCCCCCCUCUCCUGACCUCACUCUCUUCCUCCCCCUCUGUCUUUUCCCUUCACUACCUGCCUCCAUCAGGAUGUCAUCAUCUCUUCCCCGACCUCGUCAUGUGAUCUGGGAGACAGAGGAGCUGGUGGCCUACCUCCACCCCCAGCCCUGGACCCCAGGCACUACCAUCCUGGAGCCGAAGACCCCCAGGGGCCCCGAUGAGGAACCAAGCACAGCUCAAGGCAGUCUCUUCAGGCUGGGUGAGGGAGCCUACCUGAGGUUGCUGCUGGGGGCCAGGGAGGUGGGGGCCCUGCUGUGUGAGAGGCUGGGGGUGAAGAGAUGUGCCCUGGUCUGCAGGCCCCACCCAGACAGUAACAGUCCACCCCAGAUCCGGGUGCUGCCGCUACACGGCCUUGACAGUGAGUGGCGCCCCCACCUGGCGGGAGAUGAGCACUACACCCACCACGACCCCGGCUACGUCACCUCUAAAAGCGGCCCUCGAUGGACUGACACGUCCCUCCAGGAGAUCCAGGCUGAGAUCCAGGCCCAGCUCCCUUCCCCCAAUGCCCUACCAAACCUCACCUUCCUGGGGGAAGACCCAUCGCACCCCGGCCUCUUCUCCCGGAUUGUCCGUGGAGAGGAGCAGCAGUGGAGGGUGUGGGAGGAUGAGGGACACGUGGCAUUCCUCACCCCCUUCCCCAAUGCCCCCGGCAUCACCGUACUGGUCCCCCGUCGACCUCUGACCUCGGAUAUAUUUAGACUCGAAGAGGCAGAUUAUACGAGUUUGGUACUGGCAACCCAGAAGGUGGCCAGGGUUUUGGAAGAGGGUCUCGGAGCUUGGGGGGUGGGGUUGAUAUUCGAGGGGUUUGAGAUUGACUACGCUCAUGCUAAAUUGAUACCUCUGCUCUCUCCGCCCUCCUCUCACCAGGUUGAUGGGGGCUCCACCACCACCACUGGCUCUCCACCUCCUCAGGCCCAGUUUAGUGCCACCUAUCCUGGGUUUGUGACCUCGGAGGAUGGCCCUGAGGCCAGCCUGGAGUGUUUGAAGGAGUUACAGGCCAAAAUCACACAGUAAUGAUAAUGUAAUUAAUUACUAUUACUAGGCUACUAGGCUACAUUGACAUGUUAUGAAAUAUGUAUGUAAUUGCAUAUUAUGAACGACCUGAAACUGGGUGAUUAUAGUAUUGAUGUAUUGCACUUGACUACAUACAUUCCAAUUGCAUUAUUGGUUGACUUGGUAAUGGGAUAGCUUUUUUUCAAUACUAAGCCUGUUGAUUCAUGUACAUACUGAUUUGGUAUACCAAAUUCUAUAGAUGUUUCUGUAAUUCAUUUUAUUAUCUACUUGAAAUAGGACAACAAUCAAUAGCUUUAUUUGAUAAACAUGGUACGGUCAGGUUUUUAGACAUAUCCUUUGAAAAGUACUUAACAGUAGCAUGGAAAAAUACAUGAUUGUUUGAUCAAAAUAAACAUGUGAUUUCUAUUA